UAUAAAUAUACCCUUUUAGAGGAAGAAGGAAGAUAUUAUUUUUCUUUACUUUAAAAGUCUCAGUAUCAACCUACACUGUUAUAGCAGUUUUGGAGGAAAUAAAAGGAUGGUCAAGUUGCCGCCUUUGAAAGUCUUGUUUAUCAUCAAAUGUGGACUGCUUUCUUUUGUUCACAGUCAAAAUGUACAAAUAUCAACCAGGUUCAUGUCGGGAAACGUAAUAUUUACAUGGACGCCGUCAAACUAUUCCGCCUAUUACAUCCUCAUUACCAGAGACACAACAAGGGAUAGAAGCUGGACCAGUGUUUCUGAUACACAGUACACUGUGAGGGAUGUAUUACUGUAUGACAACAUCACUAUCAACGUAAGAACACCUGGAUCAGCUACUGACAACACAAUGACAUACAAUGUCUUCAAAAUUAAAACCAAGGUAGGACACACAGUGAAUCUAUCAUGGACAGCGGCGUACUUUCCAUCAGCCGGACAAUAUAAUGCCUACCACACAUACAGAGAAAACAGAACUAUAUUCAGUGUUAGAAGCAGUGGAGUCAGCUAUGGAGGAUAUGAUCAGUCGACAAAGUACACAUACCUCACCAGACCGUUUGCUUCCAUUAACAUCAUGUUUGCGAUAAGGGACAUAACUUUGGAUGACGCUGGAUAUUACAAUGGUGGAACGUUGGCUGAAGCUGCUUGGUCAGGAGGGGGUGUUAUACUGAUUGUACACAACAAACCUUCGAAGCCAAAGAUAACAGGAGACUUUAACGUUGAGGCCAAUAGCUACAUUACACUGACGUGUUCUAGUCAAUCCACCUCAGCCCCUGACUACUACUCCAAGCUCGUCACCUUGUCCUACACCUGGUUGGUCAACGACACAAGGAUAAGUGGAGAAACCAGAGAAACCCUGAGAUUAUAUGUUACAAGAAAUUUUAAGUACAACAGAUACACGAGUACAGCGAGAGAAAAAGAUCUUGAGUCUGACAGGAGUGACCCAGUACAGAUAAACCCUCUGUACGGACCGGACAUAUUGAUUAUCACUCCACAACCUACUCUGAACAUCAAUGACAAAUUAACAGUAAGGGAAGGGGAGACCAUUGGUCCCUUUGUUUGUACAGCGGAUUGCAAUCCACCGUGUAAUAUAACGUGGAGAGUAAAAACAUCCGAUGGAUUCAGUGAUGCUCGUUCAGAGAUGGGGACGUUAAUGCAACAGGUAGUACAGAGGGAUAUGCGAUUAUUCCGAUGCCAAGCAAAUCGGGGAAAUAAGACAUCAAAACAAGGAUUUGAGCUUGAUGUCCAAUAUUUAGAUGAUACUCUCUUGUAUAUCAAUGGCGAAAUGAUAAGUAAUAUCGAGUUGAAUGAAAACGCGCAAAUGAGAAUAUCGUGUCACGUGGAUGGAAAUCCCACCCCCACAAUACGUCUCAGAAGGGGUCAGGGAUACACUGAACUCGAACAGAGACAGGGGACAUGGCUGAACUACACUAUAGACAUGGCUCAGUGUACCGACACAGACACAUAUAGAUGUAGAGGGACAUCUACAGGAUUCAGCAACACAGAUAAAGUGAUAAACAUCAACGUUCUAUGUAACACCAGAUUUGAUAAAGCCGGUAGUUUCAAAUCCACAUAUGGGUCAAAAAGUGGAACGGAUACCACAAUACAUGUUGCUGUUCCAAUCAUUGCUUACCCUCCUCCACAAUCAUCUGACUUCAAGUGGGACGGUCCUGUGCCAGUGCCUGUGACGUCAACUAUUUCUACAGGAGAUGUGUCAUACAAACACGUGAUCGAAAGCUUCAUCCCCGUGAAGGAUCAUACUUAUUUUGGAAACUACACACUGUCAUACAAAGAACAAACAGUCACUAGAAUCACAAUCAACGCUGAAGAUAACCUUUUGGAAAAUUCAAGUAUGGAUUCAUCAGGAGAAGUGGCAUCGAGAUCAUGUUUUAUUGCAAUCUCCCUGGUUUCUAUUCUCCUGGGACUGACGUGGUUUAUGGUGGCAGUGUUUUUUGUAUAUAACAGACGAUGUCGCAAUGUUAAUCAGAAUAGUAAACAUGGCGAAGAAAGCACCCAACUUCAAACUCAAAACAUGACACAACAUUACGAUGACGUACAGGGUACAGUUGUAGACCAACUCGAAGCGCAAAAUAUGACACAACAUUACGAUGAUGUACAGGGUAGGGUUGAUGAAGGAAACUACACGGACCUAAAGGAAGGCAGGACAGUUGCAGAGGGAGAUUACACCGAACUAGGUCAAUGUGACCCAGAAACUCCUUACGAGAAGUUAAAGGAAUGAAUAGCGACGAAAAGGAGAAAGAAUUCAAGAGAAGGUUACAUACGUGACAUACUUUAUGGCGAGAUAUACACAAUGUCUUGGUUAUGUAAUUGAAGCAAAAAAUGAUUAUAUUUUUUCCCCAUUAAUUCCUGUGUAAAUAUUCGACCCCUCUCCCGAAGUAAUUGAAUGACAUAAAUUUACAUGAAGAAGCCUGCACAGACGAUUCCGCUUUUUUCAACAACAAUUUUAUUUUGUUUUUUGUUGUUUGUUUUUUUUUAAAUCAACAAUUUUUUUAAAACUUCUUAAUCAUUUUUCCUAAGAGAAAAAAAAAUAGCUCUUUAUUUCUAAGAAAUUUGGAUUUUCUUUACGCAAUAAUAUAUUGUGCAAAAUUUGGUUGAGAUAUGAGGUUCUGAAGAAGAUUAAAAACAAAUAAAUCGUACAUACGU